AGGAGCCGUCGCCGCCAUUUCAAGACCGUGAGAGAUAGAUAGCCGACCAGAGUUCCUAAGGUUCAGUGUAUGUAACUGUUGCCGCCGCUUAAGCCUCCCAAAGCAGUGGUACGGCUGCUGCCCUUGUAUUUGCUACCUCUAGAAACAUUCUUGCCAGUAGUGGCGGCAGCGGGACUCGAUUACCCCCUUUUCGCACUCCCUCCAGAAGCUCCAGAUGGCGUCUUCCGUGGGCAACGUGGCCGACAGCACAGAACCAACGAAACGUAUGCUUUCCUUCCAAGGGUUAGCAGAGUUGGCACAUCGAGAAUAUCAGGCAGGAGAUUUUGAGGCAGCUGAGAGACACUGCAUGCAGCUCUGGAGACAAGAGCCAGACAAUACUGGUGUACUUUUAUUACUUUCAUCUAUACACUUCCAGUGUCGAAGGCUGGACAGAUCUGCCCACUUUAGUACUCUGGCAAUUAAACAGAACCCUCUUCUGGCAGAAGCCUAUUCGAAUUUGGGGAAUGUGUACAAGGAAAGAGGGCAGUUGCAGGAAGCAAUUGAGCAUUACCGGCAUGCGUUGCGUCUCAAACCAGAUUUCAUCGAUGGUUAUAUUAACCUGGCAGCCGCUUUGGUAGCAGCAGGCGACAUGGAAGGGGCAGUACAAGCUUACGUCUCUGCUCUUCAGUACAAUCCUGAUUUGUACUGUGUUCGCAGUGACCUGGGGAACCUGCUCAAAGCCCUGGGUCGCUUGGAAGAAGCCAAGGCAUGUUAUUUGAAAGCAAUUGAGACGCAACCGAACUUUGCAGUAGCUUGGAGUAAUCUUGGCUGUGUUUUCAAUGCACAAGGGGAGAUUUGGCUUGCAAUUCAUCACUUUGAAAAGGCUGUCACCCUUGACCCCAAUUUUCUGGAUGCUUAUAUCAAUUUAGGAAAUGUCUUGAAAGAGGCACGGAUUUUUGACAGAGCUGUGGCAGCUUACCUUCGUGCCCUAAGCUUGAGUCCAAAUCAUGCAGUGGUACAUGGCAACCUGGCUUGUGUAUACUAUGAGCAAGGCCUGAUAGAUCUGGCAAUAGACACCUACAGGCGAGCUAUUGAAUUGCAACCACAUUUCCCUGAUGCUUACUGCAACCUAGCCAACGCUCUCAAAGAGAAGGGCAGUGUUGCCGAAGCAGAAGAUUGUUAUAAUACAGCUCUCCGGCUGUGUCCCACCCAUGCAGACUCUCUGAAUAACCUAGCCAAUAUCAAACGAGAACAGGGAAACAUUGAAGAGGCAGUUCGCUUGUAUCGUAAAGCAUUAGAAGUCUUCCCAGAGUUUGCUGCUGCCCAUUCAAAUUUAGCAAGUGUAUUGCAGCAGCAGGGAAAACUGCAGGAAGCUCUGAUGCAUUAUAAGGAGGCUAUUCGAAUCAGUCCUACCUUUGCUGAUGCCUACUCUAAUAUGGGAAACACUCUAAAGGAGAUGCAGGAUGUUCAGGGAGCCUUGCAGUGUUAUACUCGUGCCAUUCAGAUUAACCCUGCAUUUGCGGAUGCCCACAGCAAUCUGGCUUCCAUUCACAAGGAUUCAGGGAAUAUUCCAGAAGCAAUUGCUUCUUAUCGCACUGCUCUGAAGCUUAAACCUGAUUUUCCUGACGCUUAUUGUAAUCUGGCUCAUUGCCUGCAGAUUGUCUGUGAUUGGACAGACUAUGAUGAACGAAUGAAGAAGUUGGUCAGCAUUGUGGCUGACCAGUUAGAGAAGAAUAGGUUGCCUUCUGUGCAUCCUCAUCAUAGUAUGCUAUAUCCUCUUUCUCAUGGCUUCAGGAAGGCUAUUGCUGAGAGGCAUGGGAACCUCUGCCUGGAUAAGAUAAAUGUCCUUCAUAAACCACCGUAUGAACAUCCAAAAGACUUGAAGCUCAGUGAUGGUCGGCUGCGUGUAGGAUACGUGAGUUCUGACUUUGGGAAUCAUCCUACUUCUCAUCUUAUGCAGUCUAUUCCAGGCAUGCACAAUCCUGAUAAAUUUGAGGUAUUCUGUUAUGCCCUGAGCCCAGAUGAUGGCACAAACUUCCGAGUGAAGGUGAUGGCAGAAGCCAAUCAUUUCAUUGAUCUUUCUCAGAUUCCAUGCAAUGGAAAAGCAGCUGAUCGCAUCCAUCAAGAUGGUAUACACAUCCUUGUAAAUAUGAAUGGUUAUACCAAGGGUGCUCGAAAUGAGCUCUUUGCUCUCAGGCCAGCUCCUAUUCAGGCAAUGUGGCUGGGGUACCCUGGGACUAGUGGCGCGCUUUUCAUGGAUUAUAUCAUCACUGAUCAGGAAACUUCACCUGCUGAAGUUGCUGAGCAGUAUUCUGAGAAACUGGCUUAUAUGCCCCAUACUUUCUUUAUUGGUGAUCAUGCUAAUAUGUUCCCUCACCUGAAGAAAAAAGCAGUCAUCGAUUUUAAGUCUAAUGGGCACAUUUAUGACAAUCGGAUUGUGCUGAAUGGCAUCGACCUCAAAGCAUUUCUUGAUAGUCUACCAGAUGUGAAAAUUGUCAAGAUGAAAUGUCCUGAUGGAGGAGACAACGCAGACAGCAGUAAUAUAGCUCUUAAUAUGCCUGUCAUUCCUAUGAAUACGAUUGCAGAAGCAGUUAUUGAAAUGAUUAACAGAGGACAAAUUCAGAUAACAAUUAAUGGAUUCAGUAUUAGCAAUGGACUGGCAACUACCCAGAUCAACAAUAAGGCUGCCACUGGAGAGGAGGUUCCCCGUACCAUUAUUGUAACCACACGUUCUCAGUACGGGUUACCAGAAGAUGCCAUUGUGUACUGUAACUUUAAUCAGUUAUAUAAAAUUGACCCAUCUACUUUGCAGAUGUGGGCAAAUAUUCUGAAGCGUGUUCCCAAUAGUGUACUGUGGCUGUUGCGUUUUCCAGCAGUAGGAGAACCUAAUAUUCAACAGUACGCACAAAAUAUGGGCCUUCCCCAGAACCGUAUCAUUUUUUCACCUGUUGCUCCUAAAGAGGAACAUGUUCGGAGAGGCCAGCUGGCUGAUGUCUGCUUGGACACUCCACUCUGUAAUGGACACACCACAGGGAUGGAUGUCCUUUGGGCAGGGACACCCAUGGUGACUAUGCCAGGAGAGACUCUUGCUUCCCGAGUUGCAGCUUCCCAGCUCACUUGUUUAGGCUGUCUUGAGCUUAUUGCUAAAAAUAGACAAGAAUAUGAAGACAUAGCUGUGAAACUGGGAACUGAUCUAGAAUACCUGAAGAGAAUUCGUGGCAAAGUCUGGAAGCAGAGAAUAUCUAGCCCUCUGUUCAACACCAAACAAUACACAAUGGAACUAGAGCGGCUCUAUCUACAGAUGUGGGAGCAUUAUGCAGCUGGCAACAAACCUGAUCACAUGAUUAAGCCUGUUGAAGUCACUGAGUCGGCCUAAAUAAUGACUGUGUGCACAGGAGAAUUACCCCUGUACCUGAGCCUCAACCUUCUGGGGGAAAUGGAACUAGAUACAUUACUUUGUACUUAUCUGUACAAUAUCAUGUUGCAGAUGGGUGACAGACAAUGAUAACAAAUAGCACAGCCAGACUUGCUUCCUGCAUGAUCAUGAUAGGGAGAGACACAAGAGAUGGGAAACUGCUGUUCCACAAGGAGUCUCCAUAGAAUUUUGCAGCAGCCAGGUGUUGCAUAAGUCUGGAAGGUCUGAUCUCCCUUGGUCUUCCAUGGGAUGGAUGGUUAGUGUGGAGGGGAGAUAGAGAUUGCCCAGCCGUUUUGUGAUUAUCAUGGGUUGAUUGAGUCUUCUGAAUUUAUUUUUUUCUGUAUUUUGGGUAUUGGAGCUUUUAAAAAUGUUUGGUUUCAGGUAUUUUUAUUCAUGUGAAGUGUAUAUGAUUCUCUUGAGAUAAGGUUUUAAGCUAAAAUAUUCCUUGUUUUAGUUUCUGAACUCUGUAGAUAAUGGGGACUUUGCUGGUGUAGUCUUUUUAUAGGUUUUAUAAACCACUUGAGCCUAUAUCAGUCAUUUUAGUGUCUGACAUGUUUGGAACUAUCAGUGCUUUGUUGAUUUAUGGCUUAAAUUCUUUUUCUGGUCCGUUUCCUUCUUCCCUUCCCCCCACUUUAAAAAUUUUCCUGUAACUUGGCUAACAAAAAACCAAGUCUGAUUCAAAACCUCCCAGAGUGUUUCUCUUAAACACAUCAUCUGGUGCCAAAUGAAGAUUCUUAGGAGUGACUAUUAGUUAUGAAGGGCACAGUUGUGGUACUGUCACUGAUGAUAAUAAUAAUAAUGGAUUUUUGGCCUAGAGUUUUGAUCUAUUUCACCAGUGUUUUACCGUUAACUGCCCCUCUAUGCUGCUUCCAAAAGUGAUAGUGUGUGAUAAGAUUUUUACUUUCACUUCUAAAGUUUUUUUUUUUUUUAAGUGAGUCCUGUUCUUCCUUUUUCUUUCAGCAGAAAUGAAAUCCCAGGUAAGUAUAAGUAUUCAAAUAUUUGAUCAGUAAGUCACAGUUAUCUCCAGUACAUUAAAUAACUUUUAUCAAAAAACAUGUUAUAGGUAAAAAGCUCUGGAGGACCAGCUAUGUAUAUGAUUAUUAUGUUUCAGACCUUCUAGGGUAUUAUAUAUAAUAACUUGUCUUCUGGACGUGGUCUUGAAGUCUUUAUGGAAUCAGCCUCAGUAGUAGCGAACUGCACUACUUGGUUUGGAGUAUAAAUUAGACUUUAGCCCUCCUGAAGGUUGAGUUUUUGGUAUUGAAAACCAUAGGAAUGAAAUUAUUGUAUUUCAACAAAGGAUUGAGGGCUUGAGGCUUAAACAAGCCAACAUAUGAAUAUAUGUUUUUGUCUUGCUGUACUGCACAUAUGCUGUCUAGUAACAGAUAUUUUGUCUGCUAGUAGUGUUCUAGAUUCUGUCUUUCCAAAGCGCUGAGGCAGUGCACCUAUUCUGUAGUUGCAGCUGAUGCCUGAAUGUAUCCUAGCUGACAAAUUAUUGAUUAAUAAGAACUUGAAUUUCUGAAAGAUUUGUACUGUUAACCAAAAUCUGAGCAAGGAGUCUCAAAUGUAAUUCUUGGCCAGAAUUACAUGUUAAUGAACGAUUUAACAGUGUAAAUCAAGGAACAUCAGUGUAGGGAUUUCUUUUAAUUUAUUUUUUACCUGCUUGAAAUAAUCAGUUAAAGGUUGCCAGCUUGGUUGCAGAUGAACGGACGUUUGAAGUUCACCAAACUACUUAAUGUGGAAUAGGAUAAUAGACUUCCAACGCCCUCAAGGCUGUGACCUUGCAGCCAUUUUACAUAGCACAUCAUCCUCCUAUAGGGAUGAACCUUUCCCUGGCCUGAAAAGUAGCCGCUCUGGUUGAAGCUUUGCUUAUUGUAACAGGCUUUUGUUUCCAGGUAACAUGUCUGUGGAAGACUUAAUUCUGAAUAGAGAUAUAGAUAUUACUGGAAACUAAUUGUUUUUUCUAUUAUACUCUGCUUUAUCAAAAAAGUAAAACAUUUACAUUGUGCUACAGAAAUUCAGAUGUUGUCUUGCAAUCUUUAAACAAUAAAUGAAUGAUUUGCCCUUAA